UGGGUGGGCGUCGCUGAGGGGGUGGCUUCGACCCACCUUAACCUACCUGCGAGUGUCUGGGCUAGCUCAACGAGAUCUUCCUUCGGCUGUUGACUGGCUCAACGCCCUGCGCGGUCUUCCAUUACUGCAGGAGCUGCAUCUCAUGCGCGCUUCCAUAACUUCAGCUUCCACACUCUCGGAUACUUCCGGGGCUCGAGUCUCUCUGCCGCACCUGCGCUCGUUCCAUGUGACCCAAUACCCUUUGCAAGCCAACAGCGCGGCACAUCUACUCUCGCUUGUCUCCCUCCCCCCGGACGCCUGCAUUCAUGUCGAGAUUGUACCUUUACGAUGGGAUAUCCCGCUCCCCGCUGUCAAAUCCGUCAUCACCUCACUUGCAGCGAAAAUGUCCACCUUUCCCACUCCGCUCGACUCUUUUCAUAUUGCCAUGGAAUCGAACUUUCCACAAGGCCAGUGGCUAGAUUUUAGCCUAGGUCGAAAGAGACGGGCAGAGACUAUCGGAGGAGAGGCGGCCGAGGUACACAAACAGCUACGCGUCUCGAUUGACUUCAGCGGCGAGAGCGAGCCCUACGUCGUGGCGUUAAUUUAUCACAUCUGGGAAAGCUCUCUCCUUUCCUCAGUCGUUGACAUGGCCGUGGAGAAAGUGGCCCCAAGCAUUGGAUGGGACUGGCUCAGUUUAGCGCAUUGGGGGAGGGCCGCUGAACUGGAGGUGUUGUACGUUGCCUGUCCAGCCAGCCUUUCGCUUUUCGCAGGGUGCCUUGAGCACCACUUGCGGACGCCGGACGCGGCAGAUCCUUUUCCUCGAUUACGGACUGUUACGGUGGACAAAGAGAAGGUGAAAGCCACCCCCUACCCGUGGGCUAGAACACCGCUCGAAAAGAUAGAAAUCGCUGUAGCAGGGCGAAGGCGGCUUGGACUAGGACCGGAAUUGAUACUUGUGUGACCAUCGAUUAUGAUAUCUGCUGUCUGUCUGCAUUAUAUACGCCUAUGUUGCAGUCUGUGUUUACCUCUACGGACGUGUCCGCGUUUUUCUAGACAAGCCCCAUUGCGAGCCCUAACCCUAGU